AUGCAGAGUGAAGACUCCCGCCGCAAAACAGCGGACCUUCAGCACCGGAACUGGCCCCAUUGGGAGGUCCACUCUGCCUUGCCGGCGGCCCACGACGACCCCCUCGCUUCCUCGGCCUCGCCCGCGUUUCUCUCCUCAGAACUGCGCGAGACUCAUGGCGCGCCAGCUGCCCGCUCCACCGGCGUGCCUGCCCAAGCCCCCCUUUCGGUACACGCCGGGCCGUCAGGGGCAGCCAUACUACCCUUGUCAGAUGCGCCGUCUGCUUCAGGACCUCCGCCGGCGGCCCAAAUGCCCACGGAGGGGCAGGUACUGAGAAGCGUGCCCCAGCCGACCGUCACGAGCUUCCCAGCUCGCACUGGCGACCCCGGGUUUGUCUCGGAAGCCCCAGCAGGUCUUACGUUGGGCCGCGGCGUCAGCGGCUUCCGGGAUCUUCAUGGAAGGCACGCGCUGACAGAACACAAAGGCACCCUCACCCUCCCUUCCGCCGCUUUGCCUCCGGCCUUCGCGGGCGACAGUUCCUCUGACCUCUGCACGCCCCUCCAGUUUUCUCCUGGCCGCCGCGCUGUGUCUGCGCAGCACAGCGAGACCACGAAUCAGGGGAUGGCGCAACCCGGACCCCAUACAGCUCUUCUUCCGCACAUGCCGUAUCCCCAGAACCUCUACUGUGUUGGUGCCCAGUCUCUGUCUCACUUCGUCCCGCAAAGAUGUCUCUCCCGGGCGCUGAUGUCGCCGUUUUCGCCGGAGGCCACUCACGCCAACACGCAGCAGGCGUUCCGCCACGCACAUUUUCCUCCGUUGCCUCCACACUGCGCGUUUCGAAACGCGGCAUCAGGCGCCGUCGCGGCCGACCGCCCUGCGGAGCCCGCGAGUGUCGCUACACCCCAGCCGCAGAGAGGGCCUCGUGCGCCGACAGGCGCGCGAGAAGGGCAGCUCGUGUUUGCCAGCGAGGCGGGCGGCGCACAGGAGUGCUUCCCCAGUCGCCCAGAGGCUGCGCUGGGGCAAGGCAUGGCGCUGCAGCUGCUGCCUGUGACCCCUCCCGCACGCGACUCUCUGGCGCCUGAUGGAUAUGCCUUCGCGUGGGUGUACGAGCCCAGCGAGAGGGACAAUGCACUCGGCUCCACACUGGGCGAGGCGAAGCGACCGCGGUCGCGCCAGCCAGCACAUGUUGAACCGCCCGCAGAUGGAAGCAAGCCUGUCGAGACGCGCCUCCGCCCAGAAAAUCCCAGCAGAUCGGGUGUCGGGGGAAAGGAGAUGCACCUUUCGAGUGAAAAGAACCCUGGCAACCCAGAGCGGGGCGACGCGUAUGCCCCACACGCAGAGACAGGCGUGUAUUCCGGUUCAUCUAGCGAUCAUUCGGAGGCCCGCCCCCAGAGUCGUCACCCAGGAGGCGACUUGGGCGCCCCGACCGCGGCGGCAGAUCCCAGUCUGGCCCUUCCGUGGGGGUUCACUGGGUUUACGUGCCCUACCGGAGCUGCCUUGCAAGGGGGCGCCGGGUUUGAGGCGGGUGACGCGAAGCGACGCGCGUUUUUUCAACAUGCGUUCGAGGCCGCGGAGGCGCACGCGUAUUUUGAUGGUUUCCUCUCGACGUCGUCGUACGCGUCGCAGUCGACUGCGCCUCCCGACUCACGGCGUUUCCUGCCGGUCUACGCCGAGGGCCUCACGCCCUCGCCGUGGGCCACUCUGAGCGCCCCCGGGCCGCGAGGCCCGUGGAGCCCAGAUCCGACCCCCGCCGGCGCGCAGCCGCGGGCCGCGGGCCUCCUCGCUGCCGUCGGCGGCGACGGCGCGGGAGAGGCGUGCGCACGGCCUCCACGCUGUUUGUCGCCUGCAUGCCCGCCACCACCUGGCGCUGCUUCCGCCCCAUCGCCCUGGUUUGUCUCUGCUGCCGCCGACUGGCCGGCUUUGGGGCUCGGCGACCCGCAAGCAUCGGGUCGUGUAGAAACUCAGCAUGCUGUACACACGGCUGAAGGUACGCGAAGACGACACGAGGGGGCUGUCACCAGUUCGCGUCCCCACCCCUGCGAGAGAUUCACAGAAGCGGCUAGAGAGGCACCUGCGGAAAGCCUUCUGGAGGUAUUUAGGGAUGAAGUGUGUGGAGCCUUGUUGCUUGCAGGCAAGGAAACCGCCCGCGACCCUGGCUGCGUGCCAGGGAGGCAGCUGGACGGCGCCAGAGCUGAGCGCCGAGGAAAAAGCGGCGAGAUGCGUGUCGAGCGGACGGAGAGCUUUGCCAGCGUGGAGAGCCUCCAUACCGCGCAUGCGGCGGAGACCGCGCACUCCGAGGAAAGCGACUUGGCGGGUUCGGCCGCGGCUGCCCCUGCGGAGGCGCCUCAAGAGCGCGAGUCUCGUGGCAAGGAAUCAGGCAAAGUUGACUCGUCCGCAACCCUGGAGGGGUCCGAGUCCGUGGACUGUCGCGCGGCGGCGCCUGCAGCAACUCCGUCUCCGGCGGAUGCGAUCCGCGAGGAGGGUAGCGACGAGCUCGGCGGCGCAGGCGCGCAGCCCAACGAGAGGUCGCAUUCGCACGGUCAGCAGUCGUCGCUGCAGGCGCCGCCACUGCCCCCCCAAUCCCUCGCUGCGAUGGAGCGCAGGCCUCAAGCGCGACAGGAACGCGCGUUGGGGGCCUACGCGACGUCCUCGUUCUCGUCUCAGGAUUUCUCGAGUCCGCCCACCCUAUCGCCGCAUGCAGCGGCAGGCUCGCCUCCAGCCAGGCGAGAAGAGAAUCACGGCAGAGAGAGACUGCAUGCCCACACUCCGGCUGGCAGAGAGGGCUUGGGGCACUCGAAGGCGUGGAGACCGCCGCACGUCGCACCUUCCUCGCCUCUCGUGCCGAGCUCUCCACAGGUGCCCUGCUCGCCUUCGUUGUUCGCGGCGUCGCCAGCCGGAAUUUCGAAGCGCAACUUCUCGCUCAGCCGCGGGGGCUGCCCUGCGCCUGCGGCUGUCCCUGCGGGAGCUCAAGCGUUCCUGACUGGCGGCCUGGGGCCCCAGGAGGGGAAAGGGAGGUUGCUUGAGCGCGUUGCCGGAGCCCCAGGGGGCAACGUGCACAUUCCGCUUCCGCCCCGUACCCUUUUCCCGAGCCUACCAGCGGUCUCCGCCGGCCUCGUCGUGGCUGGGGAUGGGUCUGUGGCCCCGCACCCCGGCGGGGUGCCCACUUGUCGACCCCCCGCCGAGUUCACGGGCGCGAGCCGAGAUCCGCGGGGGGAUCGCGAAGAGCCCGCCCUCGUUUACUGGGCUCUGCCUCCGCCCCGAGUCCACCUGGUGCCUGUUGGACGGCCCGCGAAGCCGCCUCCGCUGUCGCCCACCGCCGCAGGCGCGCCAGCCACAGGCCGCUCGCGGCCGCGCCGCUACUCUGCCUCGGUCUUCUUCGUCCCUGAACCGUCCCCUCUGCAGGCCGCGCACCUCUCGCCUGUGUGCUCCCUCGUCGACGGGAUGCAGCCGCCUUCUUCCCCACAGUCGACCCUCGCCCUGCUGUCUCCUCGAUACACGCAGACCGACGUGUCUCUGGGCCGCUCGCCGGCGCCGCUCCUGUCGCCGGCGGCGUCGCUGCCGUCGCGCGUCACGCCGAACUCGCCCUUCGCCGCCACGCCGCCGCCGCCCCUGCGACGCCACGCGUCCGGCCAGUCGCCGCACGGCGAGAGCCUGUCGCGAAGAGAUCUGUCGGCGGGUGUCAGGGCGCCGCCGCCCCUGCCCCCUGCGAGUCCGCGGGUUUCGCGGCUCGCCGCGCCGGAGGCUGGCAGGUCGCGGAGCCGUGACUCGGCCGAGCGACCCCAGGACUAUCAGGAGGCGUCACGGAAGGCCUCGCUGUCGGUCUCGCUCGCGCGUCCCCUCUCUUCCGCCUCUUCGCUCUUUCGCGGCAAGCAGCCGGAAGGGGACAAGGAGAAGAAGCCUGACCCGCAGGCGGCGCACCACGCCGCGGUCAUCGCGUGCGUCAACCGGCUCGUGGAGAGCUUCCCGGCGUCGACAGAGCUGCACAACGGCUACGGCGCUUUGGCUAUCCCGCCCUACUGGCUGGCUGAGCAUGCGCCGACUUCGCGCGACAUGAGGCGCUACGCCGCGCUGCUCGAGGAAGCGCGCGGAGCGAGGACGCCUUCGCGGCCGGCCUCGCCUUCGCACCCGAGCCAGGGGGCCUCCGAGGAGGCGGCGAGUCGCGGGUCGGAGAAAGAGGAUGAGGGAGAGCAUCCUGCGUCGCCGUCUCGGGUGAUAGUGGCGGUUGAGCCGCGGCUGGAGGAGUGGGUGAGGCUGGGAGGGACGCUGGGGAACGUGGAGCGGAUUUUCGAUCUGCAGCUGCCGGCGGUGUCGUUUUCGCCGCCGAGCGCGGUGUACGCAGUCGAGGAGCUCGUCGGGAAGGGCGCGCACGGGGCGGUAUUCAAGUGCACGCGCUACCGGAAGGCGCCGAAGAAGGAGGAGAAGCCCGCGGGCUCGACGUUCCUGAGCGCCUUCGCGAAGCGCAGCGCGACGAGCGCGGACGGCUCACAGAGGAAAGACCAGGGGGGAAAAGGCGAGAAGAAGGCAGGCGAGAAGGACGACAAGGAGGGCGAGACGGCCAACGACGAGAGCGAGGCCGGGCAGGAGGAGCGCGAGGAAGAUGACGAAGACGUCGAGGAGGACGAAGUAGCGCUCAAGGUCAUCGACUUGGACAGCGCGCUGCAGCUGCAAGGCUCCUGCGACAGAGAGGCUAGGAUGCACUUGCUUGAGCAAAUCAUCCGCGAAGGCGAAGUCCUCAUGCGCUGCAACCACCCAGGCAUCGUGAAAAUGUACGAAGCUUUCCAGUGGCCGCCCUGCUACCUUGUCUUCUCCAUGGAACUCCUCCCCGGGGGCUCGCUGCGUGACCUCUACGUUUCUGCGGGGCCUCUGCCCGAGCCGAUCAUUGCAGCGCUCAUGCAGGACGUCCUGAAGGCGCUCGACUAUCUCCACAAUGGCGGAGAGGGCGCACUGCUCGACAAGGAGGAGCCGCGUCCUGAAGAGAAAGACGACGGUGCAGGGGCGCCGGAAGCCGACUCGGCGCCGCCGCCGCGGCGACCCCAGCGCGUGCAUCGCGACCUCAAGGCGUCAAACAUCCUCAUCUCCGCAGAGGGCAGGGCGAAGCUCAUCGACUUCGGCGUCUGCGCCAACCUCUCCGAUUACCCGGACUCGCGGUGCGAGGAGUUCGUCGGCACCCCACAGUGGAUGGCGCCCGAGUUGGCUCGGCUGGGGCUCCAGGCCCCGGGCGGGGCCGGUCGAAAGAGACUGGACGCCGCGAUCGCGGAGACAGGGUGUGAACUUGUCUCCGCGGCGGGCAGCGCGAUGCAGGACUCGAGCAAGACGCAGCGAAAGGUGUCGAACGGGACGAACGCGGCGGAGGGCUACGACUCUCGCGUCGACCUCUGGGCCCUCGGCAUCACCGCCUACGAGGCGGCCGUCGGGUCUCUUCCCUGGCCGAGGCGAAUGCGACUCGAAGACUUGCUUCGGACUAUCCUGGAAGGUUCACCGCCGCGCAUCAAUCUGAACGAGGGCUACGAUAAGACUUUUUGCUUCUUCGUUGAAAAAUGUCUGCGCAAGAACAGCAUCGAGAGGGGAACGGCGGCGGAGCUUCUUGACCAUCCUUUCUUCAAAAAGUUCUGCGGCUCCAGGGCGAGCCGACCUGCGACGCACCAGGAGCUAAAAGAGGCGGUCGAGGUCGCGAAUGGCAAGCGCAAAGCGAAUGUUCUCUCGAACCUGCUCAAGUUCAUUCCAUUUUUCCGGAAGCCUCAGCCCGCGAACGCGCACAAGAACGGCACACGCGCGAGUCGUCUCAGCCGCUUCAAAAUCGGGCUCAAAGCUGUCCAUGGCUCACAGUCGAUGGAUCCCGCGAAGCUUGAGGCUGAGCUCGGAGCGGCGAACAUCACCUGCAGCCCGACGACGACGGCGCAUGACCCCGCCUGUCUGGACGUCUUCACGCACCAGCCGCGGAUCCUCUCAGGCUCCCAGCACGGCUCGCUGAGGACAAACAGCGGGUCGCUGCUCUCUCCUUCGCCGUUUGGCGACCGUGCAGCGCUUUCCGUCUACUCGCAGUCCCUCGACGAAGGCCUCCUCGCCGGCGGCGGCCAGCCAGGCGCGCCGCUGCAGUCUGUGUCGCUCGACGAGGCACUGCGCCUCGCGCGGAGCGACGAGUUCUUCCCGCCGCGAUCGCCGUCGCUCGGCGCCGCUUUCCUCGGCGGGGGCGACGGUACACUCGACCCCCGGGCGCCCGCCGCAUACUCCGACUCGAGUUCGGAGCAGCGCAGCGACCUGCCGGCGUCGCCGCCGAGUCCCUGCUCUCGCGUUGGCUUCCGCGGCGACGCCGCGCCCGAGCCCGCCCGCGCACAGGAGGCUCAGGGCGCGAGGGGGCGCGGGAUGCUGGCUGAGUCUUCUCUUCGCGCGGCAGUCGCGGCGGCGGCACCGGGCGCCCUCGAGGAGAAGCUUGCUGGGUCGGACGAGACAGCGGAGAGGGAGGAGCGGCCUCGAGGCGAGAGCCUGGACUCGGCGUCAACGCCAAAUCUCUCUUUUUCUCUCCCCUCGUCUCAUGCAAGCUUCCACCGCGACGGAGACCUCCCCGAAGGCGAGGGAGACGAGGCAGAACACGCAGCUCUCGAGGCCAACGCGCCGGCUGCUGCUGCCCCCGCAGGAAACUGGGGCGUGGGAGAGGUUGCAGGAGACGCUCCAGGUGCUGGUCAGCCGAUUGCUUCCGACGUGGCGCCGAGCCAAGACGCCAGAGAAGAAGGGCACGCCCUCCGGCGUCCGGGGUCUCCGGAUGACGAGUGUAGCUCGAAAUCCGGUUCCGCGGCGCAGAUCCGGGGCGAGUGCGACGCAGAAGGAGCGGGGGAGAGGAGUGGAAGCCCAGGGGGCGUUCCGCGGUCUGCGGGGGGAGGAGGGGGCGUGGGCCAAGAGAGCGGAGAAAACGGCGGCGAAGAGGCCGCCUCCGGGCUCCCGGGCAAGGAGGCUGAGGGCAUUGGGCGCUUGGAAAACGCGAGUCGAGAGAAGGCGCCUGAGGGAGACAACCCGACAGCCAAGGGAGGCUUCCUCACCUCUCUCUUCGGUGCAGGGCUGGGCAUCUUCACGAAGAAGCCUACAGCUGCCGAGCGCAAGACUGAAGAGGAAGGCGAGGAUGGGGGCGAGGAAGCCAAGCGGGCGUCCUCCGCAAGCGAGCCGCUUAUGUCGUCCUCCUUCGCGGGCGCGGCCCUGCUUGUCUCCCAGGCGGCCGAACAGAACCCCCUGGAGGCCGCGCGCGCCGUCUCUGACCCCACUGGAGCCCGGACCGCGUCCACGGCGGCGCCUUCUGCUUCGGCCUCGGCGUUCGCUUUGUCAUCAUGCAGCGACCUCGGGGUGGUCUCUGCGGCCGCCUCGGGCGCGCCUGCAGGGCCUCCGCUGGGACGCGCCGCCACCUUCGCCUGCGGCGCGCCUGCGGAGGUCCAAGUGAUCGCCUGCGAGCCCGCCGAGAGCGGAAGCGCCCGCAUGGCUCUACAGCAGGUCUUCCUCAUGCGCACGGUCGGCGGCGCGGAGGGGGGAGACAAGAGCGGCGCGGCUUCCUCUGCCUCGCUCUCGGUCUCCCCGCAGCCCGCCCCCGUGGUGCACGAAGGAGCCCAAACAGGGUCGCCCGGCCCCGCGCCGGCGGCGUCUCUCUCGCUGUCUGCCGCGGGCGCGGCGCCCUGCGCGGAGACCCUGGGACUUGCGACCCGCCCGGGAGGCAGCCGAGGGGGGCCUGUGCUGCGGCGGAGGUGCCGCAAAGGGGCCGAGCGGCGGCCUUCGCUGUUCGAGAGAGAGAAGGGGAAGACGGUGACCAGGUACGUCAACGCGGGGCUCGACUCCGAGGGUGGGGGAGAUGCGAAAAAAAGCACCGAGCCGGGGAACUUUCUGCGGCUCUUCCAGCGCGCAGGGAGGCAGGCCGCCUCCGCCGCGCUUGCGGAGACCGGUCUUGAAGAGACGGGGGCGGCGGCCGCCGCAUCAGAGCCUGCGCUUUCCUCCGCUCCGGCGUCGUCCGCCUCGCUUUUCUCGCGGGCGACCAAGUCCGCUUUGCGGAGAGGCGCGUCGCUGUCGUCUGAGGCGACGGAGUGCCGAGUCUCCUCGUCGUCCUCCUCGGCCUCCGUGGGCCGCGAGGCUCUUUCCUCUUCGGCGACGGCAUUUUUGAAUCAGCUCUUUGGCGGGCGCCUCGGGGGAGGUCAGUACCCUGGGCGGCAGGACUCGCGGAACUCCGAGAGCCUGGUCACAGGCGGGAGCGCCGCGUCGCUCUUCACCGAGGAGUCGCCUGUCGGCGAGGAAGGCGAGAGCCAAACGGAAGAAGAGACAGAAGAGGAGACUCCGUGGCCCGAGGUGCUGCAGCCCCACGAGGGAGACGACACUCCGCCCGAGGCCGAAGCCGAGAGUCUCCUCGUCUCGUCGCUGGAGCGAGCCCCCUCGCGACUCUCUUCCGAAGAAGACGCAACCAGCUCUCUCGGCCUCGCGCCGCGAGAGCGCCGACGGAGCAGCUGGCUAGUGCCCGCGGCGGUCCAACCCGAGGGCGAGCGGCAGGAGCGAGGGGGCGUGAGCGAGCCGCGCGCCAGAGACGACGGAGCGCCAGGGGAGGGUGACCCUGCGGCUGUCCGCGCGAGCCAAGGGGCCGCCGCAGCCGGCGAGGAGACCGCGGUCGGCCGGAGGUCUGCUGCAGCCCCCGAGGGAGAGCAGGAGGAACGAGGCCUGGCGGAGGAGGUGGUCGCCUCUGCGGAUGAAUCUGCGUCGCCGCUGGCCUGGUUGUGGCAGUUCCGCCGCCCCGCCGCUGGAGCGAGCGUCCAAGCGCUGCAGGUGCAGGCCGCCUGCUCUGCGUCCGCGCUCGCGGCGCCUUCGUCCUCGUCGUCCUCCCUCGGAGGCAGCGGGGCCCCGUGCAACUUCUCCGCGAGGCUUGAGACCCCCACGAUCCCAAGCCAGGCCCCCGGAGUGACGUCCUUGCUGUCUGCGAAACGCGAAGAGGCCGCGGCUGCAGACCUCGUGCAGAGCGGCGAGGGGGGGCAUGCGGACGAAGGUCGGCUGGCGGGGGCCGAGCAGACGCGGGACGCGGAAGGCGCGCCUCUGCAGAAGCGCGCAAACGCCGCGUCCGCAUGGUUCUCCUUCGGCGGCGGAGGAGACAAGACAGCCCUGGAGGCGAAGGCCAAAGGACACUCCGAGAGCGGCCGCGACGACCAGGAGACGCCGCCAGAGCCCAACGGCGCAGGCGGGAGCAACGACGCGGAUGCGGGCGAAUCCGUGGCGGCAGAGGCGUCUGCUGCCGCAGACGGCGUGGAGGAGGCGCAGAGAAAGGAGAAUUCCGCUUCCGCGCCGGCGGUGAAGCGAGGCUGGACAGCGACUUGGUACGAGACUCUGAUUGACAGCUUGAGGCGAGGCGCGUCUUUGAGUGCGUCGCCAAAGAAGGAGCAGACCGCAGCGUCUUCUCUGGCGGAGGGCGCCGCGCAUGCGGAAGGACAGGACGCGCAGGAGGGAGAGGAGAGACGCGGAAAUGACGCGGGGUGCGCGGGAGAGGACGCGGGGGGUGCGGGAGAGGCGCCGCGCGUGGUGCGGCCUCCUGAGGCGCGGCGUGCAGGCCCCCAACACGCAGCGUCGCCCUCCGUCGGCGCGCUGUCGUCCGUGAGCACCUCUCCGUCGCUGGUGGCUGCGGCGCAAGCGCUGCCGCUGGGAAAGUCGCACGCUGCGGCGGGCAGCGCGCAGAUGUGGGAUUCCGAAGGCGAGAGACAGGAAGCAGCCGCCCAGGGAGGACGCGCGCAGCAGGACGCCUCCGUCUCGCCUGCGCCACCACCGCCGUCCCUGCACUCCUGUGCAUCUUUUGCCGCGCCGACCGGCGUGAGACAGCGAGGGCAGGACGCAGCGCUGCAUGGUGAUCGGCGGCAGGCGUUGUUCUACCCACCCCCUGUUGUGCCUGCUGGGUGUCACGCGGAAGUGCCGCACGGCCUCCAGGGGCGACAGAACUCAGGCGGCGUCUUCGUACAGGAUUCCCAAAGCGUCUACCCCCACCUCGCCUCCGGGGCAGUCUCUUCCUGUUCCGCGGCGGGGCCGAUGCGGCCGCCAGGCGCGUGGCUGCUCCCCCCCGGAGAAGGCGAGUCUCCACUUCCAGGCGGAGACCGCGGGUCAGCGGCGGCCGCGAGAGAGGCAGCGCCUCAGGGCGUUUUAGUCUACUACGACGGCCAACCGACGAUUAUUUUCCCGCCCUUCUGGCAAGCGAACGCGUCUCUGGCGCCGGGGGCGAGCGAGCGGCGGAGUUCCGCGGGGCUGGCGGGAGCGGAGGCGGAGGACCUUGAGGGCGGCGCGGCGGGCGCAGGCGGGGCUCGACAGGACCCUUCGCCGCGCGAGGCAGGCACUCAAGAGUAUUCCGAGUUAGUUCUCGCAGGCGGUGAGGUCGCGGGGGGCCGCGUCUCGGCUGCAACACAGGAUAGGGGGGAGGGGGAGAGAGUCCUCGAUGAUGCAGGAUUCGCACGGUUUGCGCAGGCCGCGUAUGUACGGAGACUCCAGCGCCAGUCCCAGACGCAGGCUCAGGAGCGCCAUUCGCAGACGGAGGCGGCGCUGCAGCAGAAACAAGCCUUGUUGAAUAUGCAUAGCUCCCACCCGAGUGGCGACCGGCCGGUGAGCCCCAGGUGUGGCGAGCCGGCGCGGACGCCUCCGCCGGCCAGCACGGCGAAGUGCACGCCGUCAGUUUCCUCUCCCCGUCCGAGUUCAGCCGCUCGGAAGCGCGGUCCCCGCCGCUACGGGAACUCGCUGCAGGAGCCGCUGCCGUCCGCAAGCAGUCGGGCGGAGACGCCUGCGCAGGCUGGUAGGCGCCGGAGCUUCUCAGGUAUGCAGGAGUACGUGCGGAAGCAGCGCGCCUUCGUCGCACGUCUGGGCAACAAAGCUCCGCCCUUGCCUGCCUCGCACGCGGGCGCCGAGGCGCUGGACAGACAGCGAACAUCGGGCGCCAGCGCCUCCCCGCUACCAGCGCGAGACCCCACCUCGCCCGCCCGCCAGCAGGUGUUCUUUGGCGGGGCGCCCCUGACAGGUCUCUCAGGUGUACAUACACCCGGGGGGCCGGGAGGCAGCGUGUCGUCCCGCAUGGUGUGUACGCCGAGGAGCGGCCGCACGCAGCACCCGGACGCGUAUGUGGCUGCGCAGGGAGGCUUGGGAGAUCGGCGGCGCGGGACUUCGGCAUCGGAUGGGUUUUUGACGCCGACGCCGACCAAGGAGCGGCCCCGCGGGACUGGGCGUGAGGGGGUGCGUCGGGCAGCGAUCGCCGGGGGCGCGCACGCGGUGCAGGGCGCGGUGCCGCUGCCGCCGAUGGCUGGAUGGACGGCAGGAAUGUACAUCGACGCGUCGGGAGUUCUCCGGCCGGCGUGUUCCGCGCCCGCAGGAUCUGGUAGCUUCGGCCUCCACUCCGCAGAGAGCUCUCCGCGGCAAGGCGCGGGGGCGCCGUCAGGCCAAGCGCCCUUCUACUUCGCGCCGUGGACUUCUGCGGGCAGCGGCGGGGCGGCGAGAACAACGGUCGGCGUACGAGAGACGGAGCCCCCGAAACGCGACGGAGACCGCGCGCGGCACUUCCUCCCAGCGGGCGACGCGCAUGCGGCCUCGGCUGCGUUCAAGAAAGCCCCGCUCGGGUGCCACAGCGGCGCGCGAACAGAGCCUCCUCUUCCUUCCGCUUCGUAUGGGCCCGCGGGCAUCGGGACUCGUCAGGCGCCUGCGGGCGGCCGUCGCAAAGACCCCCACAGCGUCUCGCCGGGCGCAGAAGGCCUCAGCCUUCCAUAA